AUGCCCAAAUCAGGCUUCGAUCCACAGCGUCAUCAGCGCAAACUACAUCGACACAAUCCUCUUUCCUCCUCUUCCAAAUCUUUAGCCAACCGUAACGCAGCAAACUCACCCGCUUCCGCCUCUGUCGUCUCAUCUGCUACCCUCGAUGCCCUCCAAGGAGUUGCCAAAGCAACCGACGGUGGCGAUCCAAGCAAAACGUCAGCAUCCAACGAUAUCGUUCCUCUCCUCGCUAACCUUGCCGAUGGACCGACAGCUGCUGAUGCUCCUUCGAUCAACUUGGCUGAUAAAGUAUGGUCCCUGGCAUCAGUUUCGCUGCUUCUCUCCGUCAGCUCGACUCAGUCCGCUGCUCAGGUCAAGCAGCAUCGCAAACUGCUCUUAGCUCACAAUCUCGUGGGCAGGCUGAUUUUCGCUCUUCAGUCGCAUACACAGGUCGAUGUGAGGAGGGAGGCUAGUGGUGCAUUGCGUAAUCUUUGUGUGGAUGCAGGCAUUGAUGUUAGGAAUGAGGUGGUCAAUAAAGGUGGCGUGGCAGCUAUCCUGGCAGCCUUGAGAUGGGCUAGUAAUGCACUUGGCUUCGACAGUACUCUUUCCUCCAUGUCCUUGAUCGACGAUGCUCCUACCCCAGAGCAGCAUCUUGAGGCCAAGCGCGCGCUGCUAGCUAAACCACUCGACAAGAUGAAUAAGAAGGAAAAGCGACAGGCAACCAAACUCGCUACCGCUCUUGCUAAGACCCUCGAACAAGUUGCCGGCCAGGCGUUGUCUGCCGAUGAUGAGCGCAAACUCACUUGCUCCCACCCUUUAAGCCGUAAUGGCGAUGCAAACCAAUCCAUCGACACCAGCGCAAAUACCGCAACUUGGCACAACAACCGCCGAGAACCAUUCCUGAGCCUCGACAGCAACACGCGCAGAGGCCUCAUCGAGACCGCUGAGAACCUCGUCACGCUCGUAUGGUGUCUUUGCGAAUCGGGCGACAAAGCAUUCGCUAAACUUGCCACAUGGAAGUGGCUUGACCAAGAUCUCGUCGGUGCAGGUGCUGCCGAUCAAGAGCUGAGCGGCCAAGGUUUAGCUUGCUGGUUGUCGUCAGCGAUUGCUUUGGGUUCGAGAGCUGCUGCUGUACUCUCUACUGCUCCAGACCAUGGUUCGAGAGCCGCUUCAAACUCGAGCGAGACUCUAGCCGUGCUUUCCAACCAAGAGCUUUCCCUGCUACUGGAUUUGGCUUUGGCAUCGGGCAAUGCACUAUGUGCACUAACCGAUGGAGGAGAAGCCGAUUUCCUUGAUGGUUUGCUUUCUCGUAGGACUCCUUCUUCCCCUUCCAAAUCGGCUGCGGCUGCGGGCAAGAAGAAAGGUGGCAAAUUUGACCCCACCCCAGCUGCAGACUUGGCACCUCUGGCGCAAUCGCUAUCCGAACAACCAGCAGCAGCAACCCGCUGUCUCACAGCAAUCCAAUCGCCACUUAGCCUCCUCGAAGCUUGCGUCCAAACCGACCAGUCCAACAUGGACAAGCUCAAGCGAUAUAUCCUUUCGCAGACUACUAUGCUCGGUGUACUAUCUGCUGGUAUUUUCAGGAAUAUUGCUGCUGCAGUCGAUGCUAAAGCUGCUUCUUCUUGCCGUGGUGGCAAGGCACGCAAGAACGCUGCUCCUCGGAUCACUUGUUCGCACAUCUUCCUUCCCAUCCCCUUCUCCGCGAACAAUGCCGGUGGGGAGGGAAUGACGUUGAAAAAGUACGAAGAAUCCAUCGUUCUCCCCACCCUCACCCGCCUUUUGUGCGGAGUGGAAAUGACCAAGUUAGCCGACGACCUUGAUGGGCGCGGUGACGUCGACGAAGCUGUUUCGCUCGACGGAACUAAGGAUGUAGAUGAGGCAGAAGUGAGGGCCAAGAUGCAGGCUAAGGCGGAAGAGAAGGCACAGACGUUGAUGUUGGCGCUCGAGCUUUUGGCCGAGAUGGCUGCCUCGUUUGAUUGCAACGCUAAUGCAAGUGCGGUUGGGGAGGAGCAAGGAGGCGAUGAUGAGUGGUUAGAGGAUCCAGAUGCCGAUCAAGAAGAAGACGAGGAGAUGGAUAUUGGUCAUCAUUGCGAAGCCCCCGGGAUACAAGACAAGGCCCAAGAUCAAGGUGAGGAGGGUGGUGAUGAUGACGAUAUGGGUCUAACUUUGUCUCGUGGCGAUACGUUUGCAGAUGCAGUUAAACGUACGGGUACACUUGCUUUUACUGCCUAUGCUCCCCUUCUCACUAGUCUUGUGACCACCAACUCGCCCUCUCUGAUUUCAGCGCUGUUGACGCUAGCUAGGCCGUUCGAAGCUUCUUUCCCCUCCCUAACCUCGAAUCCUGGAAGCCGCGCAUCCGGCUUGUUGAGGGGAUUGCAUCUCCGUUCCCUAUCCGUUCUCAACAACCUCCUUUUGCGCCUUGCCGCAUUUUCUCCACCUCCACCCUCCCAGCCAGCAACGGAUGCGAACAUCUUACGUCGAAUCGCAGCCUUCCGCACCUGGACCCAAACACCAGCGCAGGAAGAAAGCCUGAAGAGCAUCUGGACAACGUUGUUCGAGAUAGCUCGUGGUUGCGCAAGCGUGCCAGCCGUAGCUAACGUCAGCCUGAGUACGCCAACGGAUUCCAUCGCCGUAUCUACCAGCACCACCAUGGGCGAGAAGGAAGGUAAGGAUGGAUUGGGAAUGGUAGAAACAUGCAUCGGAACGCUCUGGUCUAUUGCUCGCAUUCUCCAAGGAUCGGUUCCGCUUUCUUCCCCCACCCCCUCUUCUCCUACCUCGCUUUGCGUAUCAGAUGCCUCUGCGGUUUCUUCGGAAAUCAUCACCGCCCUCAUCACUGGUUAUUCGUCAGCUAGCACGGAUGGCAUGAGAGUAAAAUGCAUCCUCCUCCUAUCCACCAUUGCUCGUUCCCCCCUCGUUCAUCCCACGCUCAACGCCCAUAUCGGGACUUUUCUGGUUUCCAUCCUCGAGAGCAUCGCUGAAAGCCCGAGCGAGAGCGCCAGUGGAACAAAUGCGGAAAGCAUGAUAGCAGCUGUCAACGGAAUCAUCGAUACCUACGCCGAUGAAAAGAGCCACUACGAUGCUCUCGCGUUUAGAGAAGCACAGUUGCUGUCCAGCAUCAGACCGACACUGUUUAGGUGUAAAACGUUGGCAAGGAGCGUGGAUAGGAGAAGACAUGUCAGUCUGAGAGAAGCAGCCGAGGAGGCAGUGGAGAAUUUGCAUGCUUUCAUUGCUUACAGACAGGCUUUGCCGUUCUAG